UCCAAAAUUUGGUGAACCAUUACAAAAUGUGACUGUGCCUGUAGGCCGUGAAGCUGUUUUACAAUGUGUUGUGGAUAAUUUACAAACCUACAAGAUUGCGUGGUUACGUGUCGAUACACAAACUAUUUUAACCAUACAAAAUCAUGUUAUCACUAAAAAUCAUCGCAUGAGUAUAACUCAUGCUGAAAAACGUGCUUGGAUCCUAAGAAUUAGAGAUGUUAAGGAAUCGGAUAAGGGCUGGUAUAUGUGUCAAAUAAAUACGGAUCCCAUGAAAAGUCAAGUGGGAUAUUUGGAUGUUGUGGUGCCACCGGAUAUUUUAGAUUAUCCAACCAGUACGGAUAUGGUGGUACGUGAAGGUUCUAAUGUGACAUUAAAAUGUGCGGCAACUGGUUCACCAACACCCACCAUAACAUGGCGUAGAGAAGGUGGUGAACCCAUACCCAUACCCAAUGGUACAGAAGCCGUUAGUUAUAAUGGUUCAUUUCUAACAAUUGCCAAAGUGAAUCGUUUGAAUAUGGGUGCCUAUCUGUGUAUAGCAUCAAAUGGUAUACCGCCAACUGUAAGCAAACGUGUUAUGCUGAUUAUACAUUUUCCACCCAUGAUUUGGAUACAAAAUCAAUUAGUUGGUGCUGCAAUCGGACAAAAUAUUACACUUGAAUGCCAAUCUGAAGCAUUUCCAAAAUCAAUAAACUAUUGGAUGAAAAAUGACACAAUUAUAGUGCCGGGUGAACGUUUCGUGCCUGAAACAUAUGAAAAUGGUUAUAAAAUAACAAUGCGUUUGACCAUAAAUGAUGUUGACGCACAAGAUUUUGGGUCAUAUCGCUGUGUAGCCAAAAACUCAUUGGGUGAUACUGAUGGAGCAAUUAAACUUUAUCACAUUCCUCAAACCACAACUGUAACAACUUUAGCUCCAACUGUUUCAACAAACACUGUACCCAUGUUGGUAACCAAAUACCAUAAAGAACAACGUUAUAACUUUCAACAGAAUAAUAACAAUAAUAAUAACAACUACAAUCAUAAAUUGCAAAGAACUAAAUCAAAAAUGGAUUUACCACAGCAGCAACAACAAACAACAUUAAAUAAUGUAUAUAUUGGGGCAACAUCAACAUUGUGGAAUACCCAGCAACAGCAUCAACAGGAUCGUUAUAGUGGUGUCAGAGAGCAUUACAGUCAUCAAGCUCCCGAUCAUCCCAACUAUCGUGGCAAUAUGGAUUCGAAAUCAACAUUGCAACAUGAUGCCAACUCAUUGUCUUUAGAAAAUAAUGAAGUGUAUGGUGGAGCAACUAUUUUACAAACCUCUUUACAGGGUGUUAUCAUCGUUUACCUGUUUAAACAAUUAAUCACUUUCAUAUACUCACAUUAUGUGUAG